CGUUUUUGGGUCAUAAAUUUAAAAAUGGAAAAACUCUGCAAAUAGGCUAUUGCGUUUAUUUUUGACUGAAAGUAAUGAAUAUAUAUUAUUAUUAUUCGAAAUAAUAUUUGUUUUUCGUUAAAUUGAUUAAGAAAAGAUAUUAUGAUUCAUUGUAAAGUUUUAAUUGUAGUGAAUUGUAACAUAGUAAACCCAUUUAUUUCUAUUUAAAACGAAAAAAAGUAAAUUUAUUUUAUUUAUUUUUUGUUCAUUUCAUGAAAUAUGGAAUGCGUAGCAUGAUUAAUUAUAUUUGAAACACUGUUAAAGAGAAGCUGAUGAAACAGAUGUACAUUAUCUUUGAUUACUGCUGCUUACUGCUUUUUCUGGCGAUGAGCAUGAAGUAAGACCAUAAUGAUUUUGAAAUUUUAUAAGUUAUAUCUGAACGGCAUUCAUGAAACUUAGUUUAGUUUCGAAAAAAAGAAUAAUGAUUUCGUUUUUAUUUCAAACCAGGUAACUAUUGCAACGGAAGUCUGUUCACAUCAAUGCGAUAUGUACACUAGAUGUCUCGAUUUGUUUUUGUCAUUAUAAAGUAUUAACGAAGUACGCUGUGAUAUAUUAAAGAACUCUCCAUAUUGUUUUCCAGCACUGAGCAGCAAGCUUGUGUUAUUUGUAAAGUAAAAGAUGAAGGUCCUACUGCCAAGCUUGGUACAAAGGGGUGCAUGAGUUUAGUGACAGUUAGCAAGAAGAAAGGUGAUCUGCUAUGUGUUUCUCCGGGCCAGAUAGUACAUCUUGAGUGUAGGAGGGUCUACUGUCACCCAAACCAGCUUAGAACAUCAAAAGAAAAGUCUGAUUUAAGCUCUAGUGUAAAGACACGGAAAUCUGGUGAAACAGCAUUUGAUUUUGAAAGUAAAUGUAUCUUUUGUGGUACUGACGCAAAACAAAAUGAAAAUAAAAGAGGUUAUGACGUUUUCCCAGUUAGAACUCUAGAAUUUCAGCAAACAAUAAAAAAUGUGUGUAAACAGAGAAAUGAUGAAUGGGGAAAUGAUGUACUUUGUAGGCUUGAAUUUGUACACGACCUUCCAGCUGCUGAAGCUCGAUAUCAUCAAGUUUGUAGCGUUAAUUUUAGGACAAGUUAUCAAAUUCCUACGCCAUAUAAAUCUCCUGUUAAUUCUCAAAAAAGAAAAAAGGUAGACCAACUAAAAAAGAAAUAGAAGACGCAUUCUUUGAUACCAUGAAGUAUUUUGAAAAUCAUGAACAUGAUCAGGUAACACUGUCAGAUCUUGUGAAAAUUAUGUCAGAGCUGUGUGGGGAUGAUGAAGCAUAUGGUACAGCUUAUAUGAAAAAAAGAAUGAUUGAACAUUUUGGGGUUGCUAUCAUUAUAUCAGAACUGAAUGGGAAACAUGACGUUGUAACAUUUAAAAGUACAGCUCAUUCCAUUUUACAUUCUUUUUAUAACAGAAAUGGCAAACAAGAUAGUGAAACAGAACAGAAAGCUAUCAUACUAACAGCAGCAAAACUUAUUUUCAGUGAUAUAAAGUCUGGCGAGUAUUCAAAAGAAAUUUAUCCAACAGCAUCCGAAAUUAUGUCACUUGAAUCUAACCUUAAGUAUGUCCCUGAAAGUCUCCAAAUAUUCCUAAAUAAGAUAAUUGAUAAAAAAAAAGAGAAAAGAAGAUUGCAUCUAUAGGUCAAGCAAUUGUGCAAGCUGCUUGCCCAAGGAGUGUUAUCGCACCACUACAGAUAGGUUUAGGUGUGCAAGUCCAUCAUCUAGUUGGCUCUAAAAUGCUACUUGAAUCUUUACAUAGUCUUGGUUUCUGUUCGUCUUAUCAAGAAGUUCUGAAAUAUGAAUCUUGUGCUGCAGUUACACAGGGAACAACUAUUCACACAACUAAUAAUGAAUUUGUGCAAUACAUAGCCGACAAUGUCGAUCAUAACAUUUGUACAUUGGAUGGACUGAACACAUUUCAUGGGAUGGGCAUAAUUGCAGCUGUUACUCCUAGACUUAAAACGAAUCAAAUUAUCCCACGUGUACAUGUAGCAA